AAUAUUAAUAUAAAUGAAGCUACUUGUUAUUGCUGUACUUACACUAGCAAUUGUAUCAGCAUCUGCUGAUGUUGCACAAUUGGUGAAGGAUGCCAGCUCAUCCUUGAAAACUCGUGAAAAUAUUGCUAUUGAGGGCGAGACAACUUCUCCAACUGGAGUAGAUGCUAGUUUCUAUCUAAGGUUCGAUGGGGAAAACAACAUUUUCUCCUACACUCUAGGAUUUGUAGACACUGCUUUCGGCAAGUUCACUAACUUGACUUACUCCUGGGACUUCAACACCGGGAAGAGCUACAUUCACACCACUGGCGACGACUUCUGCAUGGAUGAUGAGUUCGAAAUCCCAUAUGGAUCAGAGUUCGAGACCUUCGACCAAUGGGUCAUAGAUUUCCACAGUGAGCAUACCACUAGAGAAUAUCCAGACAUCGAUGGAGUGAAACACAUGGUAGAACACACAGUCUACGACGAAGAAAACGAUAUCUAUGUUUCCGGUCCAGAAGACGCUGACAUUCCAACCAGAAUCUACGGUAUCUUCCAAGGAGACGACAUUGAAGUGAAGGUUACCAACCUCGACUUCUCAACCACCUUCGCUGUGACAGAUCACAUUCCUUCUGCUUGCCCAUAAUUUGUUCUGUUCUGACAAAAAUUACCUCUUCAGU